CAAAAGCAACAUUUGCCUUUUCACCCACGUUACAGUCGCCGCCGUCUCUACAAUGGCAAAUCGGCAAGUGUUGCAAUUGAAGAGGAAAGUUUUGCCCAUGCCCUGGCCAAUCUCUGCAUCUCGUAACAAGAACAGCCGUUGCUGGAUGAAACAUCAAGUUCAGCAGGUGAAACAUAGAGUCUGACGGGUAGGGGGGGCCCAAUUGGGUUGACGGUGUUGGAGCGAAACUGAAUUUUGGCCAGAAGAACGGAGUCGGCGCCGCUUUGCCGAGAGCGCCUUAUUGCCAGUGCUACCAAGGAAUUCUUCAUUGGCGAAAAGCUCCCCUGUCGCUUUAGACACCGGCGACAAGCAAGGGCACAUUCUCAACACACACAAUGAGCUUUUCCAAACCGAAUUUGCCACCGACUUUGCCAGUGGCAAUCAAGAAGGAGAAGGAGGAUCCCUCCGCUCUCUCCGGCUCCGUGUCGAUCCCCGGUAGCAAUGGCAGCAUCCCGCGCAAAGACUCGAUUGGCUGGGGCGCCGACGAUUUCCUGGGCAUGAUUUCGCACACGCCGCCAGCUUUUUCGCCCGGCAGUUUGACAAUGCCCAUGACCAAAAGAGGGCGCAGUGGCAGCAUUUCCAGUCGGCUUCUCAGCGCCUCGGACUUGGAAGAGCGCGGAUACAUUGACAGAUACCAGAAGGGUGUGCUGAAGGAUCUAAUUAUCAGUGGAGAUGAAGCAUUGCAAAAAGCACUGGAAAAAUUCGACGCCGGCGACCCGACCACACUUGAAGCCAUGUUAGACAGUGGAGCGCUGAAUCGAAAGUCGUCGUCUAUUGAUCUGCUGGACGAUUUGGACUUAGGUUUCCUCAACGUUGGGUCUCUGGGCGAUACACCGAAAGAUGAGUUUCAAUCGGGUGGACGGAAUCAGUCUCUGGACGAGUGGGACGAACUCGGUUUCGACUCUUCCUUUGCGGAUGUAUCGGCUCGGGAUAUUCUAGACGGGGAAUUUUAUAGCUCUUCGCUCGGUGCAUCUUUGCCCAAUUCGUUGCCAUCCAUGGGUUUGGGUAUCACGCCACCCGCGGGUUUCAGUUUUGCCGAAGAUUUUUUGGAAAAUCAGGUGAAAACUGAGCCAGGAAUCAAAAGUGAAGGCAAAAAUGAUAGCGGUAGCAAAACUAGUACUGGAACCACUAGCACAGCCAGCUCUGCUGCCUCAGCCGCUGCAUCGAGUUUGUCAACGUCUCGACCCAUCGGUAUCCCCGGCGCUGCAGGGGCUGGCGCUGCCCGGCCGUUUGGUGGAGUUGAUAAGGGCAAGGAUGGCCAGAAACAGAACUUCGUAGGCGCCUACUCCCCCGACUCUAGACGGAAGCGCAUUGAGAAAUUCCUCGACAAGAGACAGAAGCGCGUAUGGCGAAAAGAGGUGAAAUACGAUGUGCGCAAGAAUUUUGCCGACUCGCGACUGCGAGUGAAGGGCCGUUUCGUGAAAAAGGAGGACGAGCAGUUGCUGCGAGAACUGCUGAGCUUUACUUAAGGCGAUGUUCCACCGGACGGGUACCGAAAAUGCAACGCAGCGAGCAACUCGACUGCCAAAUAUUGUUUGGGCACUAUUUUGAUCCUCGUUUUACCCAUUUUUACGAGAAUUGGGUCUGCCGAGGUUGAGCAGCCUGUCGGCAAGUGAGAUGCGAUGCGUUGAAUUGAGGAGAGAACACAGGGCGGAUCGAGUCGGCAAAGCUGGUCUGUACGACUUAGCUGCUCGUGUGGACUUGAUCCGUUGAUAUAGACGCAGGAAGCAAAUGGGAGGAAACAAAGGAAUGAGGAUCUGGAGCAUUGAGAGAUGGAGCUGAGGAGGUGGUGCGUGAGGCGUAGUUUAUUGGGGACGAGGCGACCUCUGGAGUGCGUGCAUGGAUUAGGUUCCGGUCGGUCUCGGUAUAAGAUAAUUUGCAGACUGUUUUUUUUUUCAUUUUCAUUGCCGGCAUUGAGGACUAGUUGCAUCUAAACGCGCACAAUGACAUUUGCUGCAGAGAUCAACCACGACGUUUUGAAAUUCUCAAUCUUAACAAUAGCAAUUCUGCAGCAAAUUCUGACUUUGCAAUUGAAAUCAACUACCAUUAUCAACUUGCACUUGGC